UGGCGCGUGGGCACGCUGGAGGCGGGCCAGGUGCGCUGGACUUUUCGAGAAAGACCGGAUAGAGAUUUUCGGGCCACGCUGAGCUGGUCGCACGUUGUUUUCAGCCUCUCCUUGAGCUGGCCUAGCGAUGUCGGCGGUGAAGACCCUGAACCCCAAGGCUGAGGUGGCCCGGGCGCAGGCGGCGCUGGCGGUUAACAUCAGCGCGGCACGGGGCCUGCAGGACGUGCUGAGGACCAACUUGGGGCCUAAGGGCACCAUGAAGAUGCUUGUUUCUGGUGCUGGAGACAUCAAGCUUACUAAAGACGGGAACGUCCUGCUUCACGAAAUGCAAAUUCAACACCCAACAGCCUCUUUAAUAGCAAAAGUGGCUACGGCCCAGGAUGACAUAACUGGUGAUGGUACUACUUCCAACGUCCUUAUCAUUGGGGAGCUGCUGAAACAGGCGGACCUCUACAUCUCUGAGGGUCUUCAUCCCAGAAUAAUAACUGAAGGCUUUGAAGCUGCAAAGGAAAAGGCCCUCCAGUUUUUGGAACAAAUUAAAGUAAACAGAGAAAUGGAUAGAGAAACACUUAUUGAUGUGGCCAGAACAUCUCUACGAACUAAAGUUCAUGCUGAGCUUGCAGAUGUCCUAACAGAGGCUGUGGUGGACUCUGUUUUGGCCAUUAAGAAAAAAGAUGAGCCCAUUGACCUCUUCAUGGUUGAAAUCAUGGAGAUGAAGCAUAAAUCUGAAACUGAUACAAGCUUAAUCCGAGGGCUAGUUUUGGAUCAUGGAGCACGGCAUCCUGAUAUGAAGAAAAGAGUAGAAAAUGCAUACAUCCUCACAUGCAACGUGUCCUUAGAAUAUGAGAAAACAGAAGUGAAUUCUGGAUUUUUUUACAAGAGUGCAGAAGAGAGAGAAAAACUAGUAAAAGCUGAACGAAAAUUCAUUGAAGACAGAGUUAAGAAAAUAAUAGAAUUGAAGAAGAAAGUCUGUGGUGAUUCAGAUAAAGGAUUUGUUGUUAUUAAUCAAAAGGGAAUUGACCCCUUUUCCUUAGAUGCCCUUGCAAAAGAAGGCAUAGUAGCUCUGCGCAGAGCGAAGAGGAGAAAUAUGGAGAGGUUGACUCUUGCUUGUGGUGGGGUAGCUCUAAAUUCCUUUGAUGACCUGAAUCCUGACUGUCUGGGACAUGCAGGACUUGUAUAUGAGUAUACACUGGGAGAAGAGAAGUUCACCUUCAUUGAGAAAUGUAACAAUCCCCGUUCUGUCACAUUGCUGGUCAAAGGACCAAAUAAGCACACACUGACUCAAAUCAAGGAUGCAAUAAGAGAUGGCUUGAGAGCUGUCAAAAAUGCUAUUGAUGAUGGUUGUGUUGUCCCGGGUGCUGGUGCUGUAGAAGUGGCCAUGGCAGAAGCCCUGAUUAAAUACAAGCCCAGUGUAAAGGGCAGGGCUCAACUUGGAGUCCAGGCAUUUGCAGAUGCCUUGCUCAUUAUUCCCAAGGUUCUUGCCCAGAACUCUGGUUUUGACCUUCAGGAAACAUUAGUUAAAGUUCAAGCCGAACAUUCAGAAUCGGGUCAGCUUGUUGGUGUGGAUUUGAACACAGGUGAGCCAAUGGUAGCAGCAGAAGUAGGCGUAUGGGAUAACUAUUGUGUGAAGAAACAGCUUCUUCACUCAUGCACUGUGAUUGCCACCAACAUUCUUCUGGUAGAUGAAAUCAUGAGAGCUGGAAUGUCCUCUCUGAAAGGCUGAACUGUCCCUUUUAUCUGAAUCUGGAAGGCCACAGAAUGAUCCAGGGGAAAAAUGAUCAUUUUUGUCCAGGAUUCAAGCAAUUUUCAAAGGAAUUUCCUUUUCCCAUAUGAAGAAAGAAUACUUGGCACUAUUUCAAAUUACAAUACUGUAAAAUCGUAAUUACGGUAUUUUUUAUUACACUGUGUACACGCAUAAAGCAGGACCUCUCUGCCCACUAAACAAGAUGUCUUAGCUGCAGUGAUACGAAAUUACUUGUUUAGAUGAGCAUGUUGUCUACCUUGUUCCUUAAAUGUUUGAAAAAUUGUGGUGGUUUAACUUUCCUAAGCUGGGCAUGGUGGUGUACUUCUGUAAUCCCAGCAUUUGGGAAGUAAAGUCAGGAAGACAAAGUUUGAAGGCAGUUUGGGCUACAUGAGAACCUAUCUUAAAAAUUUUUCUUAUGACUACUUUGAAUUAGUAGUUCCCUGUUAAACAUUUAAGUUUUAUGCUACUGUAAAUCAAAAUUGGGUAAUUUAAAAAUAUCUCUAAUAUGAGUAAAAUUACUGUAUCUUAAGCACUUGGCUAUGCUUAAAAUCCCAAGCUCUACUUGCAGACUAGGGCAGGAGCUCUUAAAUCUGAAACCCAACCCUUUCAAAACAGAAUUGAGUGAAUUAGAGGAUGAGAAAGAGCUUUAAGUACCAACUGUCAAAACAAAGGCAGAGGUAAAUGGUGGCAGAGAAUAAGGGCUAGGGUAAAAGGAUCUUGAGACUAUUUUCAAGUCUAUAACCUUCAUGCUUUUGCAGAAUAUUGGUCAAAACCCCUCUUGUGUCAUCUUUUUCUCUCCCAAACUAUUCUUAGUUUCCAUGUGAGUCCUUAGAAAUGUUCAAACCUUUGUGUUUGGGCAGUGUUCAGUAUUCUACAAUGAGUGAAAUAAAAAGUUGAAACCA